AUGUCCGGGUCGUUAAAGUCGCUAGACAAGAAAGUAGCGAAAAGGAGGCAGGUGUAUAAGCCAGUGCUUGACAAUCCGUUUACAAAUGAAGCGCAUAUGUGGCCACACGUGCAUGACCAGCCGUUGGUCUGGCAGCUGCUGCAGUGCUCAAUUUUGAACAAGUUGGCACACAUCCAGUCGAAGGACGACUACCCCUGGGAGUUGUAUACAGAGUUCAAUGACAUUGUUCAGUAUUUGAGCAGCGAGGGCGGCAGCAGCGAUCCGGUAUGUCUUUUUGUAUGCAAUAAAGACCCGGAUGUUCCGCUUGUACUCUUGCAGCAGAUACCUCUGCUAUGUUACAUGGCCCCUAUGGUCGUGAAGCUUGUGCAGUUACCUAAGAGUGCCAUGGCUAUCUUCAAACCAGUCUCUAAAUACGGGAUGCUGCUGCUGCGAUGCGACGACAGGGUCGAUAGAAAGUUCGUGUCGCAGAUCCAGAAGAACGUUGACCCGCUGCGAUUUCCGUGGCUAGAUGCUGUCAAGUAUCAACGCACAUCCGUCAAGUUACUGAAGACUACAGUGCCCAUUGUCUCGAAGAAAAGGCAGAAGUAG